AGGGCUCAAGCCUGAUAUGUUCAAUCGGUAGGUAGCCCGGUAGCCCCAUGUAGCCCCUAUGUCGACGCCAUUAGUUUCCAAUGUGAAUGCCAAUGAUGCAGCAGACGCCAAACGCGUCAUGUCGGAGUUGAUGAACACAGUUGUACGCGCCCACAUCGAAGAUGGACGAAUAAUCAGCGGCCAGCUUUGGUGCUUCGAUCAGCUGAAGAAUCUCAUUUUGCUGAGCGGGUACGAGACGCGCAACUCUGAAGACGGGACCCACAACAGAGCCUUAGGACCUCUGGUGAUGGUGCCUGGGAAGUACAUCCGCAAACUGGAAGCAACCAAGAGUGCCUGGGAAGCCAUCCAGACAAAAGACAAUGAAGCUUGAGUCGAUGAGAAGCUUCAAGAGCAAAAGGCACGCUGCAGCGCCCACAACCAGAUCAAGACUAAUUACAGUUCAGUAGCUCUACAGUCCAAGGCUCUUUAAAUUCGGGCUCAGUGGAUUUGUAGGUGCCAGAAUCCAUGGUGCCCACCAUUGGACUUAGCCUUGCCCGGAAUUUCUUUGCAAAUUAG